AUGGUGCCGAAUACGACCUUGUUGGCGAGAACUACAAUGCCGAGUGGUUACAAUGGGACAUUCGGUCCGAAUUCUACAUACUUGGUUCCGACGUACAUGAGCCAAGAGGAGUUCUUCGCGUUGCAAAUGACCAAUGGGUCUGACGCGAACACGACGCUGUCGAAUGACACUACAGUAAACUUAGUUCUAAAGACGUGGUAUCCAAGUGGGUACUCGCCGGCGCAUAUAAUAAUAGCUUCAGUGGUUGUGACGGUGUUGAUGAUAAUGGUGGUAGUGGGGAAUAUGUUGGUGAUCAUUGCCAUAGUGACGGAGAAAGCGUUGAAGAACAUUCAGAACUGGUUCAUAGCGUCACUGGCCGUGUCGGACUUCUUCCUCGGCUUGGUGAUAAUGCCGUUCUCAUUGGCAAAUGAGCUGAUGGGCUACUGGAUUUUUGGGUUCUGGUGGUGUGAGAUACAUUCGGCGAUGGAUGUGUUGCUGUGCACGGCGUCCAUCAUGAACCUGUGCCUGAUCUCACUCGACCGGUACUGGAGUAUAACUCAGGCCGGCAAACGAGCAGGCGGAUUACCUGAUGAAAACAAAAGAAUGAUUAACAAUGGCGGUGUAAAACAAAAUAAAUUGAAGUCCAUUGAUGAGUAUAACAAUGAAGUGCCGCACCCCUCUCGGGUGAAUGAGGCAAUGGUCAUUGAACAUGCAUCCACGUGCACAAUAGCUAAGAGGAUGUUUGUGGGAGAGCCAUGCUUCGGCACGAAUGGCUCGGCUCGACCGGAGUUAUACCACAGCCUCACAGAAAACCGGCGUGAAACAACCACAACGUUGUGUUUCGCCGUGUGUUUGAGAGAUGGAAACAUAUAUGAGGACAGUCGUGGUGGCCCGGAGGUUAAGGCGCCCGCUUCUCAUGAAUGCGGUCUUGCAAGUACCGAAGUCACUUAUUCCGAGGUUGGUCGUGUCACCUGA